AUGUCGGAACCGACGAAUGUGCCGGCAACAAUCCAGACCAGAUCAACGGUUUCCGUCAACAGUACACCAGAGUUGAGGCUGAGCAACGGUGAUCAUCCCGCCACCAUCCUCUUACGGUAUAUGCACCCCGGAUGCUCAUCUCCAAAUGCCGCCUCUCGAAUGCGGGUGAAGAUCAACUCGGACAAUAGCGCGCUUUAUUUCGUGCCUAUGAAACCUGAUGGUGGUAUGGGAGCCUGUUGUGCUGAAAUCGACGUCUGGUGA